CCACUAAAGGAGCAUGUGAACCCACUAAACAAAAAGUAACAAUAAAAAAAAAUAAAAAUCAACGCAAUAAUAGCUGUAUAUUACCUUGCUCCUUCCCGUUAAGCUUUUUCCACCGUCCUUAAUUCCUGCUUAAAAUCAUCAACCAAGAACAUUCUAGAACCAACAAACUCCCCCACUUCCUAUAUAAACCCCUCUUCCUCCAAACCCUAAUUUCAAACCCAUUUUAUUCUUCCCCAAUUUUGCAGCAACCAAAUUCUCAAUUUUCUCUCUCCUCUUUUCCCUUUCUCUCUAAAAACAGUGUGCACAACAAUGUCCGGUAAAGGUGAAGGUCCGGCGAUCGGUAUCGAUCUCGGCACGACCUACUCGUGUGUUGGAGUAUGGCAACACGACCGUGUUGAGAUCAUUGCUAAUGAUCAGGGUAACAGAACGACACCGUCUUAUGUUGCUUUCACCGAUUCCGAGAGGUUGAUCGGUGAUGCUGCUAAGAAUCAGGUUGCCAUGAACCCUGUCAACACCGUUUUUGAUGCUAAGCGGUUGAUUGGUAGAAGAUUCAGUGAUGCUUCAGUUCAGAGUGACAUGAAGCUCUGGCCAUUCAAGGUGAUCCCUGGUGCUGGUGACAAACCUAUGAUUGUCGUCUCAUACAAGGGUGAAGACAAGCAGUUUGCGGCUGAGGAGAUUUCAUCGAUGGUUCUCAUUAAGAUGAGAGAAAUCGCUGAGGCGUUCCUUGGUUCAACAGUGAAGAACGCUGUUGUGACAGUUCCUGCCUAUUUCAAUGACUCUCAGCGUCAAGCCACAAAGGACGCUGGAGUUAUUGCUGGUUUGAACGUUAUGCGAAUUAUUAAUGAGCCUACCGCAGCUGCCAUUGCCUACGGUCUUGACAAGAAGGCCACCAGUGUUGGUGAGAAGAAUGUCUUGAUCUUUGAUCUUGGUGGUGGUACUUUUGAUGUCUCUCUUCUCACUAUUGAAGAGGGUAUUUUCGAAGUUAAAGCCACCGCUGGAGAUACCCAUCUUGGUGGUGAAGAUUUUGAUAACAGAAUGGUUAAUCACUUUGUGCAAGAGUUUAAGAGGAAGCACAAAAAGGACAUUAAUGGCAAUCCUAGAGCUCUUAGACGGUUGAGGACUUCUUGUGAGAGAGCAAAGAGGACUCUCUCAUCUACUGCUCAAACAACCAUUGAGAUUGAUUCUCUAUACGAGGGUGUUGACUUUUACACAACCAUUACUCGUGCCCGUUUCGAAGAGUUGAACAUGGAUUUGUUUAGGAAGUGUAUGGAGCCAGUUGAGAAAUGUUUGAGAGAUGCAAAGAUGGACAAGAGCACUGUACACGAUGUUGUUCUUGUUGGUGGUUCUACCAGAAUUCCCAAGGUCCAGCAGCUAUUGCAAGAUUUCUUCAACGGCAAAGAGCUCUGCAAAAGCAUUAACCCUGAUGAGGCUGUUGCUUAUGGGGCUGCUGUCCAAGCCGCUAUCUUGAGUGGUGAGGGCAACGAGAAGGUGCAGGAUCUUUUGUUGUUGGAUGUUACUCCUCUAUCUCUGGGUUUGGAGACAGCUGGAGGUGUCAUGACAGUGUUGAUCCCAAGGAACACAACCAUCCCAACCAAGAAGGAACAAGUGUUCUCAACUUACUCCGACAACCAGCCUGGUGUGUUGAUCCAGGUUUAUGAGGGAGAAAGAACAAGAACAAGGGACAACAACUUGCUUGGUAAAUUUGAGCUUUCUGGCAUUCCACCAGCACCUAGGGGUGUUCCUCAGAUCACUGUGUGCUUUGAUAUUGAUGCCAACGGUAUCUUGAAUGUGUCUGCUGAGGAUAAAACCACCGGGCAGAAGAACAAGAUCACCAUCACAAAUGACAAGGGCAGGCUCUCAAAGGAAGAGAUUGAGAAGAUGGUUCAAGAGGCCGAGAAGUACAAGUCUGAGGAUGAAGAGCACAAGAAGAAGGUCGAGUCAAAGAACGCUCUUGAGAACUACGCCUACAACAUGAGAAACACCGUGAAGGAUGAGAAGAUCAGCUCCAAGCUCUCAGAAGCUGAUAAGAAGAAGAUCGAGGAAGCCAUUGACAGUGCAAUCCAAUGGCUUGACAGCAACCAGCUUGCUGAGGCUGAUGAGUUCGAUGAUAAGAUGAAAGAGCUUGAGGGCAUCUGCAACCCCAUCAUCGCAAAGAUGUACCAAGGUGCUGGCGGUGAGACGGGUGGUGCUCCCAUGGAUGAUGAUGAAGGUCCUGCUGCCGCAAGCGGCCCAGGACCCAAGAUUGAGGAAGUCGACUAAGUUCUCUGCCUUGGUUUUGUAUGGGCAGUUUUUGAAGAAUUUUGAUUUCGUUCCCUAUCUAGUAGAAACAAUAUCUUUCGUAUUCCCUAUUAAAAUUUUGCUUAAAUGCAGCUGUGUUCAUUUUUAAGAUGAGCUUGGUCUGCUAUAUUCAAUGUCUGUUUUGUCCCAACUCUGACUAUUUGGUAUUAUACUAUUAUUAGCAUCUUAAUAUGUCCGACUUAAUCAGGGAAAUGCUUUGUG